UCACUCCAAUUUACAUUCGGCUUCGCAGCGCGCAAAUCAGCGGCAUAUUUUUUUUCCGUCUCUGCCUCCUCCGAGAAAUACUGUGUGUGAGUGGUGUUUGUGUGUGUAUUGGCAAAGAAAAUUAGCACAACAAAACAAAAGCGAAAAGGAAUCGAACAGAAGCACGCACUUUGUCGUCUCGUCACGCGGAUAAAACUUUUCGAUCGGAAGUCGCCCCCAGAAGUCAACUCGAACGACAAUGUCAGCCGCCGACGGUGAAGCGCAGCAGCAGAUCCAGGAGACAAACGGAGGCAGCAAAUUCGAUGUGCCCGAGAUAGAACUGAUCAUAAAGGCCAGCACCAUCGAUGGAAGGCGAAAGGGUGCCUGUCUGUUCUGCCAGGAGUACUUCAUGGACCUGUAUCUGCUGGCCGAGCUUAAGACGAUCAGCUUGAAGGUGACGACGGUGGAUAUGCAGAAGCCACCGCCCGAUUUCCGCACCAACUUUGAGGCCACACACCCGCCCAUCCUGAUCGACAAUGGGCUGGCCAUACUCGAGAAUGAGAAGAUCGAGAGGCACAUCAUGAAGAACAUACCGGGCGGCUACAAUCUCUUCGUGCAGGACAAGGAGGUGGCCACCCUGAUCGAGAAUCUGUACGUCAAGUUGAAGCUGAUGCUGGUGAAGAAGGACGAGGCCAAGAACAAUGCCCUGCUCACGCACCUGCGCAAGAUCAAUGAUCAUUUGGCUGCACGUAAUACGCGGUUCCUUACCGGCGACACCAUGUGCUGCUUCGAUUGCGAGCUGAUGCCGCGACUCCAGCACAUUCGUGUCGCGGGCAAGUACUUUGUCGACUUUGAGAUCCCGACGCACUUGACGGCGCUGUGGCGCUACAUGUAUCAUAUGUACCAGCUGGACGCCUUCACACAAUCGUGCCCGGCCGACCAGGACAUCAUUAAUCACUACAAGCUGCAACAGAGUCUCAAAAUGAAGAAGCACGAGGAGCUGGAGACGCCGACGUUUACCACAUCCAUUCCAAUUGAUAUUUCGGAGUAGGUUUCCUAUAGAAAGCUGAGCUGAGCGGAGCAGAGCAGAGCCAUGCAGCCACACAUCAAUUAAUAAUAUUUUGGACAACUUUACAAGCAAGCUGACACACUCUGAGCUAGAACUAUACAUAAAUGUAUACUUAUCGGAUAUAACUACCCACGCAUAUACUAUAUAUAUAUACCGAAUAUAUAUAUAACGAGUAAAUAUAACAAGCAUAACAACAACAAGUGUUCUUUAAGCAGCCGCGUUGCCUUUUCUUCAGCUAUGCUUAAUUUAAACCCUAUUUAAAUAGCAACCAAGCAGACUUUUGCGUGUACUUUUUUUUUGUUUAAAUCAUUAAUGAACCAUUUGUGUUUGACAUACGAAUGCGCGUACAUACUAACAUUUAUGAAAAUGUCAAUUAAACUAAUGGGUUGCCUGUAGUAGUGCCGCUUCUCGGUUUUAUAUUUUAUUUUGUAUUCAGCAAGGAGCUUUUAUUUAUUUUAUAAU